UCCCAUGGUCUCAACCGUACCUAAUCAUCCCUCCUCUCUCUCAGACCCAACGACUCCUCUUCCUCUUUGCCGCGACUAUAAACAGUCGAUUUAGGGCCUGUCUAAGCAUAAAUCCAGUCAUCGUCCUAUCUUCCCCGGCCACAGAUCUCCGAUCAAAGUCAUUGCAGAGGUAUCUGAGCAGCAGUAUCACAUAUGGCCUUCCGAUCAUUCUUGAACAGUCCAGUUGGCCCCAAAACAACUCAUUUUUGGGGUCCUAUCGCUAACUGGGGAUUUGUCGCUGCUGGAUUGGUAGAUACACAGAAACCCCCGGAAAUGAUAUCUGGCAACAUGACUGGAGUAAUGUGCAUAUACUCAGCAUUGUUCAUGAGGUUUGCAUGGAUGGUACAGCCUCGCAACUAUCUACUUCUAGUCUGUCAUGUCUCAAAUGAGUCGGUGCAGCUCUAUCAACUUUCUCGCUGGGCUAAGAGCCAGGGGUACUUGACGCAGAAGAAAGACGAAGCUGCAUCUCAGUAACUUGUGGUGUUUGCAUCUCCUUUUACUUCUGCUGGUUUUGUUGAUCUUAUGGUGGUUCCUGCAGAUUGUGUGUGUGAAAUCUUAAAGCAGUUUGUACUUUAUGAAAUUCCAAGAAGGUCGUGAUUUAUUGUUUGUAUGCACCAAUUGUCCAUUCAUAUGGGAUUAAGGCAAGAAUGAUGAUGAUGACAAUUGCACGAUCAACUAUUAGAAAUGACCAGCAACAGGGUUAAGAAAUUUGAGCCA